ACAAUACAGACUUCAACAGUGAUAAGUUCCACGAUAGAGUCAUCAUCAGUAAUGAAUGAUACAAUACAGACUUCACCAGUUAUGAGUUCCAUGAUAGAGUCUUUCACAGUGAUGAAUGAUACAAUACAGUCUUCACCAGUGAUAAGUUCCACGGUAGAGUCUUCCCUGGUUAUGAAUGAUACAAUACAGACUUCACCAGUGAUGAAUGAUACACUACAGACUUCACCAGUUAUGAGUUCCACGAUAGAGUCUUCCCCAGUGAUGAAUGAUACAAAACAGACUUCACCAGUGAUGAGUUCCAAGAUAAUACAGACUUCACCAGUGAUAAGUUCCACGAUAGAAUCUUUCCUAGUGAUGAAUGAUACAAUGCAGACUUCACCAGUUAUGAGCUCCACGAUAGAGUCUUCAUCAGUGCUGAAUGAUACAAUACAGACUUCAACAGUGAUAAGUUCCACGGUAGAGUCUUCCCUGGUUAUGAAUGAUACAAUACAGACUUCAUCAGUUAUGAGUUUCACGAUAGAGUCUUUCCUGGUGAUGAAUGACACAAUACAGACUUCACCAGUGAUGAGUUCCGUUGUAGAGGCUUCAUCUUUAACGAAUGCUACAAAACAGACUUCACUAGGGUGGAGUUCCACGAUAGAGUCUUCCCUAGUGAUGAAUGAUACAAUACAGACUGCACCAGUGAUGAAUGAUACAAUACAGACUUCAUCAACGAUGAGUUCCACGAUAGAGUCUUCCCUAGUGAUGAAUGAUACAAUGCAGACUUUGCCAGUUAUGAGUUCCAUGAUAGAGGCUUUCCCAGUGAUGAAUGAUACAAUACAGACUUCACCAGUGAUGAGUUCCACAAAAGAGUCGUCAUCAUUGACGAAUGCUACAAUACAGACUUCACCAGUGAUAAGUUCCACGAUAGAGUCUUCCCUGGUGAUUAGUGAUACAAUACAUACUUCACCAGUGAUGAAUGAUACACUACAGACUUCACCAGUUACGAGUUCCACGAUAGAGUCUUCCCCAGUGAUGAAUGAUACAAUACAGACUUCACCAGUGAUGAGUUCCACAAAAGAGUCGUCGUCAUUGACGAAUGAUACAAUACAGACUUCAACAGUGAUAAGUUCCACGAUAGAGUCAUCAUCAGUAAUGAAUGAUACAAUACAGACUUCACCAGUUAUGAGUUCCAUGAUAGAGUCUUUCACAGUGAUGAAUGAUACAAUACAGUCUUCACCAGUGAUAAGUUCCACGGUAGAGUCUUCCCUGGUUAUGAAUGAUACAAUACAGACUUCACCAGUGAUGAAUGAUACACUACAGACUUCACCAGUUAUGAGUUCCACGAUAGAGUCUUCCCCAGUGAUGAAUGAUACAAAACAGACUUCACCAGUGAUGAGUUCCAAGAUAAUACAGACUUCACCAGUGAUAAGUUCCACGAUAGAAUCUUUCCUAGUGAUGAAUGAUACAAUGCAGACUUCACCAGUUAUGAGCUCCACGAUAGAGUCUUCAUCAGUGCUGAAUGAUACAAUACAGACUUCAACAGUGAUAAGUUCCACGAUAGAGUCAUCAUCAGUGAUGAAUGAUACAAUACAGACGUCACCAUUGAUGAGUUCCACGAUAGAGAUUUCACCAGCAAAGAAUGAUACAAUGAAGAAUUCACCAGUUAUGCGUUCUACAAUAGAGUCUUCAAAUGUAAUGAAAGAUACAAUACAGACUUCACAAGUGAUGAAUGAUACAAUAAAUAUUUCACCAGUGAUGAGUUCCACCAUACAGUCUUCAUCAGUGAUGAAUGAUACAAUACAGUUUUCACCAGUGAUGAGCUCCGUAAUAGAGUCUCCACCUCUGAUGAAUGAUACAAAACAGAUUUCACCAGUGACGAGUUCCACAUUACAGUCUUCACCAGUGACGAAUGAUACAAUACAGACUUCACCAGUGAUGAAUCAUACAGUACAGACUUCAACAGUGAUGACUUCUGCAAAAGAAUCCUCAUCAUACAUGAAUGAUACAAUACAGACUUCACCAGUCAUGAAUGAUACAAUACAGACUUCACCAGUGAUGAGUUCCAUGAUAGAGUCUUCCCUGGUGAUGAAUGAUACAAUACAGACUUCACCAGUUAUGAGUUCCACGAUAGAGUCUUUCCUAGUGAUGAAUGAUACAAUACAGACUUCACUAGUGAUGAGUUCCGCUGUAGAGGCUUCAUCAUUAACGAAUGCUACAAUACAGACUUCACCCGGGUGGAGUUCCACGAUAGACUCUUCCCUGGUAAUGAAUGAUACAAUACAGACUUCACCAGUGAUGAAUGAUACAAUACAGCCUGCAUCAGUGAUGAAUGAUACAAUAGAGACUUCAAAAGAGACUUCAUCAGCGAUGAGUUCCACGAUAGAGUCUUCCCUAGUGAUGAAUGAUACAAUGCAGACUUUACCAGUUAUGAGUUCCAUGAUAGAGUCUUUCCCAGUGAUGAAUGAUACAAUACAGACUUCACCUGUGAUGAUUGAUACAAUACAGACUUCACCAGUGAUGAGUUUCAAGAUAAUACAGACUUCACCAGAGAUUAGUUCCACAAAAGAGUCGUCAUCAUUGACGAAUGAUACAAUACAGACUUCACCAGUGAUAAGUUCCACGAUAGAAUCUUCCCUAGUGAUGAAUGAUACAAUGCAGACUUUACCAGUUAUGAGCUCCACGAUAGAGUCUUUAUCAGUGAUGAAUGAUACAAUACAGACUUCAACAGUGAUAAGUUUCACGAUAGAGUCUUCCCCAGUGAUGAAUGAUACAAUACAGACUUCAACAGUGAUGAGUUCCAUGAAAGAGUCAUCAUCAGUGAUGAAUGAUACAAUACAAACUCUACCAGUUAUGAGUUCUACGAUUGAUUCUUCAAUAGGUAUGAAUAAUACAAAACAGACUUCACCAUCGAUGAGUUCCAAGGUACAGUCUUCACCAUUGAUGAAUAAUACAAUACAGACUUCACCAGUAAUGAGUUUCACGAUAGAGUCUUCAUCAGUGAUGAAUGAUACAAUACUGACUUUAUCAGUGAUGAAUGAUACAAUACAGACUUCACUAGUGAUGACUUCCGCUGUAGAGUCCUCAUCAUUGACGAAUGCUACAAUACAGACUUCACCCGGAUGGAGUUCUACAAUAGAGUCCUCCCUGGUGAUGAAUGAUACAAUACAGACUUCACCAGUGAUGAACUAUACAAUACAGACUUCAUCAGUGAUGAAUGAUACAAUAGAGACUUCAUCAGCGAUGAGUUCCAUGAUAGAGUCUUUCCUAGUAAUGAAUGAUACAAUGCAGAAUUCACCAGUGAUGAGUUCCACGAUAGAGUCUUCAUCAAUGAUGAAUGAUACAAUUAAGACUACAACAGUUAUGGGUUCCACGGUAGAAUCAUCAUCAGUGAUGAAUGAUACAGUACAGACUUCAACAGUGAUGAGUUCCACGAUAGAGUCAUCAUCAGUGAUGAAUGAUACAAUACAAACUCUACCAGUUAUGAGUUCUACGAUUGAUUUUUCAAUAGGGAUGAAUAAUACAAAACAGACUUCACCAGUGAUGAGUUCCGCAAUUAAGUCUUCACCAUUGAUGAAUGAUACAAUACAGACUUCAUCAGUGAUGAAUGAUACAAUACAGACUUCACUAGUGAUGAGUUCCGCUGUAGAGUCUUCAUCAUUGACGAAUGCUACAAUACAGACUUCACCAGGAUGGAGUUCCACGAUAGAGUCUUCCCUGGUGAUGAAUGAUACAAUACAGACUUCACCAGUGAUGAAUGAUACAAUACAGACUUCACCAGUAAUAAGUUCCACGAUAGAAUCUUCCUUAGUGAUGAAUGAUACAAUGCAGACGUUACCAGUUAUGAGCUCCCCGAUAGAGUUUUCAUCAGUGAUGAAUGAUACAGUACAGACUUUAAUAGUGAUAAGUUCCACGAUAGAGUCAUCAUCAGUAAUGAAUGAUACAAUACAGACUUCACCAGUGAUUAUUUCCACGAUAGAGUCUUCCCUGGUGAUGAAUGACACAAUACAGAGUUCAACACUGAUAAAUGAUACAAUACAGACUUCACCAGUGAUGAGUUCUAGAAAAGAGUUUUCAUCAGUGAUGAAUGAUACAAUACAGACUUCAACAGUUAUCAGUUCCAUGAUAGAGCCAUCAUCAGUGAUUAAUGAUACAAUCCUGACUUCGCCAGUUAUAAGUUCCACGAUAGAGUCUUCCCUGGUGAUGAAUGAUACAAUACAGACUUUACCAGUCAUGAAUGAUACAAUGCAGACUUCAUCAGCGAUGAGUUCCACGAUAGAGUCUUCCCUAGUGAUGAAUGAGACAAUGCAGACUUUACCAGUGAUGAGUUCUACGAUAGAGUCUUCAUCAGUGAUGAAUGAUAGAAUACAGACGUCACCAUUGAUGAGUUCCACGAUAGAGACUUCACCAGUGAUGAAUGAUACAAGUAAGGAUUCAACAGUUAUGCGUUCUACAAUAGAGUCUUCAAAUGUAAUGAAUGAUUUAAUACAGACUUCACCAGUGAUGAAUGAUACAAUACAUAUUUCACCAGUGAUGAGUUCCACGAUACAGUCUCCAUCAGUGAUGAAUGAUACAAUACAGACUUCACCAGUAUUGAGUUCUGCAAUAAAGUCUUCACCAUUGAUGAAUGAUACAAAACAGAUUUCACCAGUGAUGAGUUCCACAUUACAGUCUUCACAAGUGAUGAAUGAUACAAUACAGACUUCACCAGUGAUGAGUUCCAUGAAAGAGUCUUCAUCAGUGAUGAAAGAUGCAAUACAGACUUUACCAGUGAUGAGUUCCACGAUAGAGUCUACAUCAGUGAUGAAAGAUACAAAACAGAUUUCCCCAGUGAUGAGUUCCAUGAUAGAGCCUUCAUCAGGAAUAAAUGAUACAAUACAGACUUCACCAGAUAUGAGUUCCACCAGAGAGUCUUCCCUAGUGAUAAAUGAUACAUUACAGAUUUUACCAGUGAUGAGUUUUACGAUAGAGUCUACAUCAGUGAUGAAUGAUACAAAACAGAUUUCACCAGUGAUGAGUUCAACGAUAGAGUCUUCAUCAAGGAUGAAUGAUACAAUACAGACUUCCCCAGUGAUAAAUGAUACAGUACAGACUUCAACAGUGAUGAGUUCCGAAAUAGGGUCCUCAUCAUUCAUGAAUGAUACAAUGCAGACUUCACCAGUCAUGAAUGAUGCAAUACAGACUUCACCAGUGAUGAGUUCUAUGAUAGAGUCUUAUCUGGUGAUGAAUGAUACAAUACAGACUACACCAGUGAUUAAUGAUACAAUACAGACUUCAGCAGUAUUAAACGAUACAGUACAUACUACACCAGUGAUGAAUGAUACAAUACAGACUUCACCAGUGAUAAAUGAUACAAUACAGACUUCACCAGUCAUGAAUGAUGCAAUACAGACUUCACCAGAGAUGAGUUCUAUGAUAGAGUCUUAUCUGGUGAUGAAUGAUACAAUACAGACUUCAGCAGUAUUAAACGAUACAGUACAUACUACACCAGUGAUGAAUGAUACAAUACAGACUUCACCAGUGAUAAAUGAUAAAAUACAGACUUCACCAGUCAUGAAUGAUGCAAUACAGACUUCACCAGUGAUGAGUUCUAUGAUAGAGUCUUAUCUGGUGAUGAAUGAUACAAUACAGACUACACCAGUGAUUAAUGAUACAAUACAGACUUCAGCAGUAUUAAACGAUACAGUACAUACUUCACCAGUGAUGAAUGAUACAAUACAGACUUCACCAGUGAUAAAUGAUACAAUACAGACUUCACCAGUGAUGAAUGAUACAAUACAGACUUCACCAGUGAUGAAUGCUGGAAUAGAGACUGCAUCAUUCAGAAGUUUAAUGAUAAAUGCCACGAUAGAUACGUCACCUAUUAUAAAUGCGUCGCUUUAUACUUCCCCUGUGGUGAGUUUCAUGACAGUCCCUUCAAAUAUAAUAAAUACCUCGAUAUUUAUUUCACCAGUGAUGAAUGAUAUAACAAAGACUUCGUCAUUCAUUAAUACAACAAUAGAUGUUUCACUAGCAUUACCUACAUCAAAAUUGGAAACAGUAUCAAUAUCAAAGGAUGAAACGGAUACAUCAGUAUUUAAGACGUCAGAAAUGUCAAGUAUUCUAUCAGCUACAUUUUACAUUGGUAUAUUAUCUCAUUCAACGUUUACAUCGACAAUAUCAUCCGUAGAAACGAAAAAGGUGUCUGGAUUGGUAACAAUAUCACCUUCAGACGUUCUAUCGCUUGUAUCACCAGAGAAAGUUGUAUCUUUCACAUCGGUAGUCGAAACAGGAUCAUCGUCAGAAAUUGUGUAUUCUACAUCGGUAACCGAACCAGGAUCAUCUUCAGAAAUUAUGUCGUCUACAUCGGUAGCAGAAACGGAAUCAACGUUAGAAGUUGAAUCGCAUUCAUCUAUUGCAGGAAAAAUUUCUUCGUCAGAGAUUUCAUUAACUAUGCUAGUAGUGAACACUGCAUCAGUACCCGAAGUUGGUUCGUUUACAUUGGUAGCAGAAACACCAUCAUCUUCAGAAAUUGAAUCGUCUUCAUCUGUUACCAGAAUACUUACAUCGUCUAAGGUUGCAUUAACUAUAUCAUCAGAAAGCAUCGCAUCAAUAUCAGGGGUUGGAUCGAUUCCAUCGAUAGUGGUGAUUGCAUCACCAAAGGUUCCAUCGUCUACAUCAGUAACGAUUACAGACUUAACAGAGGUACCUUCAUCUACAUUGAAGAUGAGGAUCACAUCAUCGCCAGAAGUUACAUCGUCCAUUUUUGUCAGUGAUAUGGAAUCAACUGUUGCAUCAGUUAAAGAGAUAUUAUCUUCACCAGUUUUUGUCUCAUCUACAACGAAUUCAUUUUCGUCUGUUUUGCCUUCAACUUCUAUGACGCAAUCAACUUCAAGUGUGGUGGUUCCAGACAAUCGACUUUCAGUAACACUGAAUGUGAAUGAAAGUGUGGAUAUCAAUAGUCAGGAAUUCAAAGACAAGAUCGAGAAAGGUCUUGAGGAGAGUUAUAUUGCAGCUAGCGGAUCACGGAGGAAAAGAUCUACCAGAAAUAAAAGGCAAUCAAACCAAGGUGUUGAUGUUAAGGUAACAGACACUCAAAGAACUAGCGGUUCAGAUGUCGAUGUAAAAUUUGAAGUUUACAAAGAUGGCGCCGUAGUUCCAGCAACAGAAGCCGAAAAUACAUACAAGACUUUGUCGGAUGUUGAAUUGAGUGCUACAAUAGGAUAUCCUGUAGCACAACCAAUCGUUGCUUUGUCAUCAGCUAAAACACCAGACAGCGGUACAAAUUGGAGUGAUUUUAAUGGACCGUUGAUUAUCAUUCUGAUAGCAGUCCCAUCCGCCUUAGUGAUCAUAGUCACCAUUGGUUUUAUCUACGUACAUUGUUACGUUCGCUCAUAUAGUGUUGAUGGUAUUCCAGACAGACGUCGAUUGGAUUUGGAGAGUGGAGAAAGCCUAAGUCGGUCGACUUCUGUGUCGUCUACCUUCAAGCGUCGUACUGUGUCAUUUAAUGAAGGAGACAAUACUCCUUCAGAAAAUGAAAAUGUUUCAUUUAUAGAUGCAUUCGAUGUUCACGAGACAAGAGUACAACCAGUACCUAGACCUGUGCUAUACCAACCCCCAACAAGACGGCAAAGUUUAUAUUCCGAUAGUUAUGAUGUUAACGCACAAUUACCAUUGACACAGCAAGAAAGACAAUCAAGUUUUGAAGACAGGCAAACGAAGAGCUUUGAAUUACCUGACACUUUUGUUAGUCAAGCCCAUUAUGAAAAAGAAGACGAGUCCUCUAACAGAAAAAGUGUUGAUGAAAUGAAGAAGCAUGAACAACGACGUCGAUAUAAAGCAAAUGAAAAGACUAAAAAGAAAUCCAAACCAUUUACACGCCGAGAUUCAGAUUUCCCAGUUUCCAGUUUACAAUAUACUCCGAUAGAGGAUCAACAAAUUGAUUCUGAUUAUUUUCAUGGUGAUUCAUUAAAUGUAAUAUCAGAAGAAACUCAAAAUCAUGACUUAGAAAUACAAAGACAAUUUGAUGAUUAUAUACCAUAUCACACCCCAAGUUUUGAAAACCAGAUACCAUCAACCAAUCAAAAACAAAAUAAUCUUAACAGAGAAGCAUAUCCAAUUAGACCAACAGCGCCGCAAUAUGAGCCGUGUCCGCCAGAUUUCAAUAUACAGGAAUACUUAGGUGAUAAAAAUCAUCCUGGAAAGUUGGUGUUUAGUUCAGACUAUAUUUUUGCAAAUGAAAUUGCAAAUCCGGUGUUCAAUCCACGGGAAACAACACAUCGAUUUCAGGAGAAUGAACAAAACAUACCGAUGUCUUCAAAUCACUUUACCCCGCACGAAAGACUCAAUACUGAUGAUGCAGUCUACUUUACACGAAAUUAUUAUCCAUCUGAUGGGCGUGAUUCAAGGCAUAUCAACCAACAUCAACCUACAGCUAAUAACAGAAUGAGAUAUGAAGGAGUAAUUGAAGAUGUUAGCAGUACAGAAGAUUUCAUUUACAUAACUGAUCCAUAUUCCAGUCCCUAUCAUUACAUUGAAGAUCAUAACUCAGCAAUGGAGCCACCAAUAUUGAUGACAGCUGGCCAAGUCGAACAGCUGGCAAAGAUGAGUAGGUUGCCCAAGCCUUCCCCUGACCAACAAAUUAGAUUUUUUCCUGCAGUCAAAUUACGAAAUGUUACCUAUCAUCCACCAGAACCAACAAAAGAUACUGCAAGCAAGCAAAGACCUGACAUAUCUAGUGAUACUAAUACUGAUAUUGAUACACCUAGACUGCCAACACGAACAGACUCUAAUAAACAAUUAUUCCAAAAGUACUUUGACCCAAGAAAAGAGAACAGAAAAAGAAGAAUAUAUACAAAGAGAGAGAGAGACAGGAUGAGGAGAACAGGAAACCAGUCCUAUGAUAGUCAUGAUGAAGUUAUGUCAGAAAUGGAUUUCAGACAUCUGAGAGGGUACCAUUCAGGAAGAAGUGGUUGUUCAACACCAGGUGGCAGUGUGGAUGAAAUGAAGUUAGGACGUAACAUGAGGGCAGCUCCAAGAAGGAUCGAUUCUAAAGAUGGAGUCAGAAUGUCACAACGUAAUACUACCAAUAAGCAUGAUGAAUCAAGUGCACAGCCUUUAUUAGAAGUAGAUUAUAAUCGUCCUCAAGAUGCAGUCACAGAAUAUUUCCACAAUACUCAUUUACCACAAAAGCCUAGUGACCCUGAACCAAAGUCAGAGGUCAGACCUUUGUUGGGGUCAUCUAUUUCUCCACAACACCCUACUCAGGAUUUGAUAGAGAUAUUAAAUAGACGUCAGCAGCUACUUCAACAACAGCGAGAGGAUCGUAGACGGUAUCUCCAAGAUCAGGAAGCCAAGGAAAAAGCUAGAGAAAUUGUCAACCUUGCAUACUUAAAUGCUGAUAGCACUGUUUCUAGAAAACGUAAAGAAGGAGAAAAACUCUUAGAUGAUGCAUUUUCUUUAGCCAAAAAUUCUCAAAAAUUAAAUGAUGGAUACAAAAUGGAGUCUAGAGAGCAUAGUGAUGCACGAGAUGGAGGGUCUUCACCAAGAGGAUUUACAUCACAACAAUCGGCAGCUGAUCAGUUGUGGUCGGAUGGACAUAUACAGGAAGAAAAACGUAAUAGUGUCUCAUCGGAAAAUAAGAAAGAUGAUGACUUUUUUGACGAGAGUCCAAAACAAGGACCUAGCAUGGGAAGUGAAGACCACAUGGUCAAAUAUGUCAGGGAUGAACUUCAACGAUUAGAAACAUAAGGCAACAAUAUUGUUCAACACUAUUAAGGUUAUACAUCAUUCUUUUACUCAAUUCAGAAAUAAAUAUUGUCAAAAAUCUGAAAUGAGCAAAACAAUGGAAGAAUUUUUUUUCAAUAUGUUAGAAAUUAAUUGUAGAAAUUUGAUUUUAUGAAUAAGUAAAUGACUAAAAUAAAGUUAGAUUCGUGGGGAAGUUGUAUAUGUUGAACGAUAUGGCUUGGGCAUACUCAUUUAGUUCAGAACAGCUUAGUUUUAAGUACUGCACAUGAUACACUUACUUAGUGAUGUUGGACUUGUUUAUAUUUUACUAUCUCCAAUGCAUUUAUUUCAUUUAUACUAGAAAUAGUUGAAUUCAGUUUAGAAAACCAGACUGAGUUUAACAAUUAAUGUGACUACAGAUUGUAAAAGAAAAAAAAAAGGGUGCAUAACAUUAGGUUAUAUGUCAUAAAUAUAUGAGGUUCUGGAUGGGGUUUACAAAAUGAAGAAUAAUGGGAAAAAAGAAAUUAGAGAAAUGGGCCAAAACUUUAGAAUAGAAAAUAAUGGGCAAUUAUAAGAAAGAAUAGAGAAAAAACGGCCUGACAGAUUUCAGAAUACAGAAAUGAAGACCCCAACCCCAAAUCCAGACCCUCAUAUAUGAACAUUAAUAUGGUGAUAAUCAAAUAUUAUUUUCAAUCAUAAAAUUUGUAGUUUAUAUCUUCAGUCCUAUAGUCUAUACAGUUUGCUGUGUACUAAAUCAUAACAUUACUUUUCACUCAUAACACAUCUUUCAGAAAGUUUUGCUCAUGUUUAAUUGUGUAGCUAGUUGUGUGACUUGGUGCAAUUGCAUUUCAUUAGAUACUAUUCUUUUUCUUCAUGUAAACAUCUGUACAUUUGCGAAUUACCAAAAUCAUGUUUCUUGGUACUUCAAAAUGUUCUCAUAUAUCAUAAACAUGAUGUUUUUUGUGACAUCAUUGUAUUACUUAAGAUUGAAUUAAUGAUUUUUUGAUUCUGUGGAUACAUUAUGUUUUGUGGGGUACCAAUUAUCAUGGAAUUUUGUGAGCAUUGGUGGUGGGUCCCAUUGGGGUCUAAGCGUGACCCGGGAUUGCCGAUUUUUUGUAAGCGUGACACGUGAAAGUCAAAUUAUUGUGCCAUGAAAACUGGAAAUGAAGUCUAGCGGGACACGGGAGAUUACAAAAAAAAUGAGAAUUGCUUACGUACAUAGUGUAAGCACGAUACGGGAAUCUGACAAAACAGUAAGUGGGAUCCGGGAUCAGAACCCCCCAAUGAGAUUCCCUUGGUGAACCAUGAAUUCAAAUGUUUAACAAAGUACACAUAUAGUCUUAUAAGCUUGUAUACAAACAAACUUUGGCAAAACCACGAAAUCAUGUAUCCACUAUAAUACAAUCUUUCCACAUGCAAUCUUCAAAAAUUCGCCUUUUCAGACUCUAAAGGACUAUGGGUAAUCUCAUAGUUUGUACACCAAAAUGAAAAUAACGUUACGUCAUUGGUUAAAUUUCAGUUGUUGAGUAUGUUUUAAACCAAUCACAACGUUUUGGUGUACACUUUUAAAAUGUUACCCAAAAUGCAUUAGAUUCUUUAAUGGCGAACUGGUACCCAAGAAAAUAAAUGAAUCCACAGUGUGAUAUUGAUGCAUUUAAAUAUUCUAUAUUUCUAUAAAUUAUAAUACAUUGGUUUUGGGUUUCAUAACAGUGUUCUUAAGAUAUCCAUAUUGUAUUAUUUCAUGUGAUACAAUUUUUUUUCUAUAUUUACAGAAUUUAAAUUAUGACUCUUUAAUAGAUAUUGGUCUUCAGGUUUCUAAAACAAAGGUACUGGCUUCUGUUGUCGUUAAUGACUGUUUGUAGUUUAUCUGUUAAACGUAGACUUCUUUAGCUAGUUUUGAAAACUGUAGACGUAUGAUGCUUGCUUAAUAUUUUUUCACAUGAUGUGUAUUGCUGUCUGCCCUAGGUUUAAAUAUACAUAAAUCAUUGUAAUUAUUAAUUUAUUUUUAUAAUUUUCUAUGUGUUUAUUGUUACAAAGUAUCUGUGAUAAUGAUUAGCAAUUUUAAUAGUUUUCCGGUUAAGUUCAUUGAUAAAUACUUUGUUUAUUUAUAUAUCUGUCUCAGUGGGUUUUGUAUCAAUGUAAUUACUAAGAAUUGUGAUAUAUAAUAUAAAGAUAAAAGAUGUCAUUUAUACAUGAGAGCAAAAUGGUAAAAUAUAAAAUAAAAUCUUAUCUAUGAAUAUAAGUUCAUUAUGAAUAUUGGAGACUUAAAUCUAAUUCUGUCUUAUUAAAUUAUGAAUUAAACAGAUCCUGCAAGAGUCUCUUUCAGCUACAUAAUUACAUGGAAAUUUGUAGGAGGCACUCCACUAAAUAGUCAUCAAGUUUAGUGUAAUGUUAUUUAUGCAAAUUUUCAAAAACUUCUCAAAAAAACCCUGAAUUUUCCCAGUAUUGUGAUAAUGCUCAUAUAUAACAUUUAGUACUUUACAAUAAAAAUAAUUUUUUAUAAUGGAUUCAUUACCAAAUAAGAAAAAUAAUUAAAUUUCAAAUAUUGCUGCCAAAACAUUACCAUAUUACACCUAAAGUAUCUUAAAAAUGUCCUGUGUAAGAAUUUGAUGAGUCUCAUGCUGAAAGAAAAGUUUCCCAGGUUCUGUAAGCAAAAUAAAAAUAAAAAUAAAGUAGUAACUUCUUUAUUUUUAUCCUCCUUUGCCUAUUGAGAGACAAUAAGAUGGUUGAUGAAUUGGUGUCGUACAAAAUACUAGCACUUAUGGAUUAUUUUAGCACUACUUUCGAUCACUGUUAAAAUCGGUCUAGAUAAUUAGUGGAUUGCCCCCUGUAUGGCCUUUUUGUACCAACCAUAGUGAGAUUAAAGUAUACAGGUGAUAUUAUUUUUGACAAGAAUAAUGUUUAUCUAGGACAUUCAAAUGUUGAAUUAUAUUUAGUACAUAUAUAUUUCACAAGUGUGUAGAAAUCAUAUUUAUGAAACAAAUGAAAUUUCACUCUCAAAAUUAAUAUAAUGUGUUGAUUUUCAAUAUUGAAUUUUUUUAAUUCACAUUUAAAAAAGAAAUUUAAACUUAACCAUUUUUAAUGUUAGAUUUUAAUUAUAGAUAAUCAAUCUGAAGUACAAAUAAGAUUUCAAACUAAUCAUCAAAUUCGUAAUAAUGUUCUAUUGAAAAUUAAAUUUAAGCAUAAUUAAGACCAUAUUAGUAGCAUUUCAAUCUGGUAGUGCCUGCCAAAAUCUGUACCAAAUUAUUACUGUUUAUCAAUGGAUGUGUUUUCUUCAGUGUGACUGUAACUUCUAUGAAAAUUGUCAAUAAUGAGAUUGUUUUUGAAAUACUACUUCAUCUAAGGAGCAUUUAGAAUAACAAUUCAUACAAGGACUUGUUUUAUCAUAAUGCACAAAUUAUUUGUACAGUACAUGUAUUACUGAUUCAGUGAAUUUUAGAAUGAAUUUUCAAUAAAAACUAUGUAGUUAUACUGAAGAAUACAUUUUUUGGCAAAUUUUUAAAUCAUUUGAAUUUAGCUAUUGUUUUUUGUUUUAACUUACAGUUUAAAUAAAUUUCAAAUAGUUGAAUUAUUUUCAUACAGUUUUGAAUAAAAUUUGGUUAUUUAAAAAAAAUAAAACCUGAUAUUUUCUGCUUCUUAACUAAUAUUUUAAAAAAGUAAAACCAAAUAUUGAUAUUUGCCAUAGCCCAAGUUAAAAAAAGAAAAAAAGUUUCCUUCUUUUCUUCAAGAAUUUGUUGUAUGUUUUAUAUGAAUAGACCUGAAAUAUAUGUGUAAAAAAAAGCCAAUAAAAAAUAUUUUAGUUCACAGAAUAAGCUCAAUGAAAUUAUAAUCAGAAUUUAUUUUAAGUUAGAUAUUCUGUGUGAACUUCCACAGAAUGUUAGCAUUUUGAAAUUUUAUUUUUCGUUAGUGAUGGAUGAACAGUUAAAUGUUCAAAUGUUAUUUUUAGAGUUUGAAAAUAAAUCUGAUCGAAGUACA